CUAUAUUCAUUUUAGAUAUGUAAUUGUACUUUAAUAUAAAGGCGAAUCAUUUGCCCGCCUUGAGUGUGAGGGAGACGUGUCUCACAGGAAGCGCCACCGUUGCAUCUAGGAAACUGGCCGCCAUUGUGGUUCUACCAGAGGCGUGUGUAACUUGACUACAAUUGUUGAUUCGAGCCAACAUGGCGUCGAAACGAUAGAGUUUCUUGACAGUUUUCAUGCUGCUACGAGCGUCUGGUCGAGCCGAAUCACAGGUUUCAAAACUUGGAUAAGCUAGUCGAGAGAUUCAGGAUGGUGCGAGUGGUGUUCCUCCAUCCGGACCUUGGCAUUGGUGGAGCUGAGCGACUGGUGGUCGAUGCUGCCGUCGCUCUCAAGUCUCAAGGAUGUAGCGUUCAGAUCUGGACAGCCCAUUAUGACCCCACGCACUGCUUCUCUGAGACCCUGGACCCUGACCUACCUGUGGUGUGCGUGGGUGACUGGCUACCCACCAGCGUCUUUGGCUACCUGCAUGCUCUGUGUGCCUACCUGAGGAUGAUCUAUGUGGCCCUCUACCUGGUCUUCCUCAGCGGGGUGGAGUACGAUGUCAUCUUCUGUGAUCAAGUGUCAGUGUGCAUUCCAGUUCUGCGACUGUCCCGUCAGAAGAAGAAGGUUUUGUUUUACUGUCACUUCCCAGACCAGCUGCUGACCCAGAGGAAGACGACCUUGAAGAAGCUUUACCGAGCUCCCAUUGAUUGGCUCGAGGAACGCACCACUGGCAUGGCUGAUAUGAUUCUGGUAAACAGCCAGUUCACUGCGGGCAUCUUCAGGGAGACCUUUCUUGGUCUAAGAGGAGUCCAGACAGAUGUCCUAUAUCCCUCACUCAACACGAGCACCUUUGACCAGCCGUCCACUGAGGCACAAGGCCUGGAGGGGCUGCUCCCUGAGGGAACCUCCUGCCUGUUUCUCUCUCUGAACCGAUACGAGAGGAAGAAGAACCUUGGGCUGGCUCUGGAGGCUCUUGCAGUCCUGAGGACCAGCCUUCCUCCAAACCAGAGAACAGGCAUUCACCUGGUGGUGGCGGGGGGCUACGAUGACCGAGUUACCGAGAAUGUUCAACAUUACAUUGAACUGAAAGAGCUGGCAGCGCAGCUCCGUGUGGACGACUGUGUCACCUUCCUGCGCUCCCCGUCUGAUUCACUGAAGGUGGCGCUGCUGCGGGGCAGCGCAGCCGUGCUUUACACCCCAAGCAGAGAGCAUUUUGGGAUAGUUCCCGUAGAGGCCAUGUAUUGCUGCUGCCCUGUUAUCGCAGUGAAUUCUGGGGGCCCCCUGGAGAGCGUGGCAGAUGGGGAGACGGGCUUCCUGUGCGAGCCCAUGGCGGAGGCCUUCUCUAAGGCCAUGGAGAGGCUGGUAAGGGAGCCACAGCUCCGCAGGGACAUGGGACAAGCUGGGAGGAGGAGGGUACGAGAUAAAUUCUCUCUUCAGGCCUUCUCAGACCAGCUGUAUGGGUACAUCGUCAGGCUCAGCCAAUGAUGAGAAAGCUGGAGGAGAGGCAGAAGACAGGGUAACAGCAGGAAAAUGAUCCUGAACUUGGAAUUGCCUCUGUAUGUCUAGGGUGUGCAGAGAGUUGGAAUGAAUGUUUCCUUACAGAGAGUGUAUGUGUACAUGUGCAGGGAUGUGGGUGGGGAGGGGGGUAUUAUGAGGACUUAGAGGACAAUCAAUCAGCAUUCCCCAGGAGGGGUUGCUGAGAGGAAAAAAAGGACGGAAUCUCUAUACCAAUUAAGAAAAGAGUAACGAGUUUACCUCGCCUAUCUCUGGAAAAAUACCACCCCUGCAAGUGUGUGUGUGUGUGUGUAAUGUUGUAUGUGUAGCCAUCAAGGGUCUAGCAAACGAGCGUACCAACAGGAUUGAUUGUUGAAAUGUGAAAUGUUUUGCACUGUGUAUGUUUUUUUUUUCUUUUCUACAGUACUCUUUGUCUUUGUGUGUUUGCGGGAUAAAGAAGAAGAAGAAGAAUGUAGUUACUGCCACGCGCCAUCAGGCAGUGAACAGUCCCAGAUCGAUAAACGGGAUGCUUUCCGCUACUUCCUGUCCAUCCAGAGCUUUGUUCCCCUCCUCGCAUUCUGAAGAUGCUGCUGGCUUGUCCAUGACUCUAGCUGCUGCGCAGAGGUUAUUAGCAGAUGAUAGAGAGUGUUUGGCUUUAUUAGAUGUCUGGCUGAUGGCCAGUGUGUCUUUGUCUGGGUCAUUAUCAAUGGGGAGAAUAGCAGAAGGUCAUUGUGUCUGCUCGCUGCCCUCCUCAGCCCUCCUACUAUAUAGAAAUGCUCUUAUUGACAUUCUUGAAGUCUUAAUAAACAAGAGGACACAUAGUUUCCUGACUCUUA